CGGCAGGAGGAGGAGGAGGAGGAAGAGGGACCGGUGUUGCUGCGGCUUUGGCUGCGGUUGUGGCGGGGAGAGGGCGGUGUGGCCGUGCCUGGCUCGACUGCAUCAUGGGGCAGCAGGAGGAGGAGGAGGGGGGGGCGGUCGGGUGGCUGCGUCGCUGAGCCCCCGGGCGGGGAGGGGGCUGCUGUGCCCCCCGGCGCGAGGGGAGAUGAGCGGGGGACCCGGGCAGACGGACAUCCUGGCCAUCGGCUUCCUGGUGAAGGAACGCUGGAAAGUGCUGAAGAAGAUUGGGGGCGGUGGUUUUGGUGAGAUCUACGAGGCCGUGGAUUUGGAGUCUCGCGAGAGCGUCGCCCUCAAGGUCGAGUCGGCCACGCAGCCCAAGCAGGUGCUGCGUAUGGAGGUGGCCGUGCUCAAGAAGCUGCAGGGCAAGGACCAUGUGUGUCAGUUCAUCGGAUGCGGCCGCAAUGACAAAUUCAACUACGUCGUCAUGGAGCUGCAGGGCCGCAACCUGGCGGACUUGCGCAGGAGCCAGGCGCGUGGCACAUUCAGCCUGAGCACCACUCUGCGCCUGGGCAAGCAGAUGCUCGAGGCCAUAGAGAGCAUCCUGGGCUUCCUGCACCGGGACAUCAAGCCUUCCAACUUCGCCAUGGGCCGGCUGCCUGGCACGCACAGAAAUUGCUUCAUGCUGGACUUUGGGCUGGCGCGGCAGUACACCAGCUCCACUGGGGAGGUCCGGCCGCCGCGCGCCGUGGCCGGAUUCCGGGGCACGGUGCGAUACGCUUCGGUCAACGCUCACAAGAACCGGGAGAUGGGUCGCCAUGACGACCUGUGGUCCCUCUUCUACAUGCUCGUGGAAUUCGCUAUCGGACAGCUGCCAUGGAGGAAAAUCAAGGACAAGGAGCAGGUGGGGCUCAUCAAGGAGAAGUACGACCAUCGGCUGCUGCUCAAGCACAUGCCGUCAGGCUUCCAGGCCUUCCUCGACCACGUGUCGGCACUCGACUACCUCACCAAGCCCAACUACGAGCUGAUCCUGUCGAUGCUGGAGAGCGGCAUGCACGAGCUGGGCGUUACGGAGAACGAGCCGUACGACUGGGAGCGAAGCGGCGCCGACGCGUCCGUCACCACCACCACCACCACCUCCACGCCGCCGCAGCAGCAGCAGCAGCACACGAGGCACACAGCCGCAGCGCUUGGUGUGGCGCACCCCACGCCGCCGCUGCAGGGCGACGUGCAGCAGCACGAAAGCACCUACGACGUGCUGCAGGACGAGCAGCUGAGCGAGCAGGAGAACGCGCCGUCGCCCCUGCAGCCGGAUGAGCGGCAUUUGGAACAAGGAGACAUGUCCACGGUGAGGGAGAACGGGGAGGUCGGAGGAAGGCCCGACACGCGCGGGGAGACCUGGUGGGACCCAAAGCUGGAGGGGGCGGUGGCAGCCCCCGCCGCUCACGUGUGGCACCACGACGACGUUUACCACGGCGACGGUUACCACGAAAAUGGUCACCUUGGCGACGGCGUCCACGGCGGUGACAAUAACGAGGGCGGUGGCAGCGCGCUACCCGCGACCACUCCGACGGACGAGUGGGUCGUCGUGGAGCACGAGGACUUCCCGCCGGACGGGGGUCGACCCCCCGCUGAUGCCGCGGUGCAUUCUGGGAGGACGCGUGGAGACGGUGCCGCCGAUGAGCUCUGCUCCCUGGAAGACGACGAUGAAGAUGGCGACGAGGGUGGUGGAAAUGGUGCGGCGCCGGCGGAGGAAGAGGGCAGAAGGGCGCACGGCGGCGCUCGAGCCAAGGGGGUGGCCGUCAAUAAAAUGGACUUGUCAUCGCCCGAGCGCGAUCAGGGGGCGGCACAGGAAGUGGACUCCAUUGGACCGUUGGGUCACGUGACUUCAAUCCGAUUCGGGGACCCAGAAUUGUGGUUGGAUUCGGAGGGGGCCAGGGAGAGGAAGAGAGUUGAGCGGACAUCCCCACCGGAUGUGAGCCGAGGUCACGACCCCGGCGUGCCGCCCCCCGCCCAGUCCCCUGUGCCGCGAAGCGCGUCCGGCUCGAGCAGCCCCUUGGGCUCCGUUGGGCGCCGCCAGCUGCCCCUGCUGCCCCGCGCCUCGGGCAUCAAGCUGCUGCCCUCCGUCAUCCGCAUCUCCAACGCCCAGCUCAGCCAGCUGUCGAGUGGCUGGGAGGUGCCCCCACCGCUGCCUCCGUUACGGCCGCCCACGGCGCGCGAGGUGCCGCCGCUCCUUCACGCGGCCGCGCAACCCCCUGCAUCACAACACCAGCGCGAUGUCCAGGAGAGGGAGCCGGAGCAGAGCCGAGCCCUUGCAGCGACGCAGCCUUUACCGGACUCGGCCCAGAUCAUCGAGGACGGUGGGAAACGAGGAACGGACGAGGAGAAAAAGGAGGCUGUGGAGGAAAAGGUGGCAGAGGACGUGGAAAGCGUUCCUGUGCCGGCCGUGCGAGGGGCAGUCAAGGGCGACAUGGAGCCGGAGCGACCCUGCGACGGCGAGCGUGGGCGAGCGAGAGCCGCCCCGCCCGUCGCCGACACCGACAACGACCCCUCGCUCACCGUCGUGUCGGCACGGCAAGCGGCGCCAAACUCGGACAGCGCAGCGGACAAACGGAAGGCUGCUGCCGCCGCCGCUGCCGGUGGCGCCACAGUGGAAUACGCAGCUCAGAGGGGUGGCUUCAGCAGCACCGGCGCGUGUAACACGUCGGAACCCGCAACCCUGUCGUCUGCCCUCGCCGCGGAACUUGGUCCGGCCGCCGCCGCCGCCGCUUCCCCGCCGAUCCGGACGCCGGGAGGGGAGUCCGCGCCGCUCACCCGGGUGGAGCGCACGUUCGCGGCCAUCGCCGAGACAACGCGGCUGGGCGUGCGCCCGGCCCGCCGGCACGCCGCGGGGCCGCCCUCGGAGCCGGCCGAUGACGGCCUGCCGGACCCCGCCGCCUGCGACCUCGAUAGGAGCCUGAACCGGAGCGAGCGGCGAGGCCGCCACCGCCAAGCUCGACGCCACGACCGCCACGGCGACUCUGAGUCCGACGCCGAGGCCGAGACGGUUCGGAGCGUUCCGGACAGGACGUCCGGCGGCGGCGGCGGCGGCGCCGGAGGGGCGGUGGCUGGGUUGGAGCCCGCGCCACAGCCGGCGUCGCCAGGGAGGAGGCCGGCGAUGCGAGAAGAGGCCGGCGUCCAUCCCUUGGCGACGUCGGAGACUGGCGGAGACAAGUGGAGGGCGGAGCCUCGCUCGGAAAGCCCGUCGGCGCUCAACGGAGCUGAGCCGGACGUAUUUUCGGACGCGGAGGGCGACACCAAACAACGUUCGCUGCAAGACGGCUUGCCCCUCCUCCUCCAUGGGUGGGAAUCGAGCCGGAACGAAUCAGCCUCGGAGCUCUCCUCACCUCCGCCACCUUCGGCCAAGGAGCAGCUGCUACGCAUGAAAAAGGGCGUGGGGCGGCUCCCGCAGCAGCAGCAGCAGCGGCAGCGGCGGCAGCAGCAGCAGCGGCUACACGUGUCGCUGCUGUUGCUCGCCAAGGGCGACGCGCGCCCGGACGCCGAGGCGGCUUCACCGAUCGCCCUCGCUCCCACUGCCGCCACCGCCGCCACCACCUCCUCCUCACCUCCGUCUCCUUCGUCGCCACCGCCACCGGUGCCAUCGCGCUCACCGGCGCCGUCGUCAUCGUUGUCGCCACCCCCCGCCGCCAGGCCGGGUUCCUCUUCCAGACGGCUCGGCGGUGCCGGCGCAGGCAAACGUAGCCGGAUUCCACGGCCCGUGACGCCAAGCGGGGAUGGGGCGGCGGCGGCGGCAGGAGGAGGGGGGGGGUCUGCGUCGCUGUCGCUGUCAUCGUCGCGAGCGCCGUCGUCACCGCGUGCGUUCGUGCCGCGCCCGCCUCCCGGGCGCCCGCCGGCCCGACCAGCCCUGGAGUCACGGCUGCGCCGCUACAAGCUGCCACCCUCCAGGCUGGACACACGUCACCACGCGGAGCCACACUCCGACUCCCUCGCGCCGGGCCGCCCCUCCCGCUCGCCCUCGCAUGGCGCCCUCUCCUCCUCGUCGCCUCCCUCCUCCUCCUCCCGCCCGGCCAGGGCUCCAACGUCCUCGGCAGCACCAACCGCCGCCGCAACAACAACCACCGCCACGCAGCGAGGUACCGGCACGGCCUCCCAGGCCCGGCCUGGCUCCUCCGCCAACAUAUCCGGUUCCGCUCGCAGACCCUCCGCACGGGCCAGCGUGUCCUCUAAGGGAAGCACUGCUACCGCCACGUCUGCCAGCACCGCCGGGCGGUUUGGCUCGGCCGGUCAGCCGCUCGUCGCCGGCGGAGGAAUCGUCGGGCAGAGGGCGGCGACGGCCGCUGUUAGGGACGGGAGGCCCAAGCGCAGCAGUAAGCUGAGCAGAUAGCCCGGCGGCCUGGCGCCCGUAAGCUCCGCUUGCCUCGCGAGAACUGCUAACUUCCAAGGUCACGUGUGCAUACGCGUGGGUCUUGAGUGUGUCUUGUGAGCGUGUCUGUGUAUGUGUGUGCGAGUGAGGAGCUACUGCGUAGCGGUUUGCGCAGUGCGCUUCAAUCCCAGCGACUAAUUCAACCAGAAGAAAGCAUUUGCACGCAGUGAAAACCUGAUGCAAGGUUUGACAAUUUGCACAGCAUUAAGGGUAAGGAGGAGUGUUGAGAGGUCGACAUUGGUUGAUGCCAAUGUUUGGGUUUAGAAACGGACUUCGUUCACCUUAAUUUACGCUGCAGAUGUGAUGAGCGUUGGUCGCCAGUACGCGCGUAUGUGUAUAUAGGCGUGCGGUAGCGCUGAGCGAUACCUGCGGGUGUCGGAGACGAUGCCCACGACACCGGAACUGACGACGCUCGUCGCUGAUGCGGUGGCGGGAGAGCACCGUUGGCGUGACCGCGAAACCGAACAACGACCAGUCAAGUGGCGCUGCAGAGCGCUCGACUCAUCGCAUGGUUCAAGAGUUCAACUCCCAGUUCCACUAUCGUUGCUAUCACUUCAACAUUGAUAAAAUGAGCACCGCUCGCUUGAGCAGGGAAUUAUCAUUUAAUUCCCAUGGUAUUGCUGAGGAAAAGUAAUUUGAUUGAUAUUGCGCAAUUUUUUUUAAUGCGUUUGUGUACAAUUGCCCAGUAUCUUUGUGCUUGGCAAUUCUCAGAUAUUGCUUGCUAAGCGAUACCCAAGAUGGCCUUCGGUACAUGUGCAUAUCGCAGUGUCCCUUACGUUCCGGCAUUGUGAUUGCCUGUAUCGCUCGGCACUACUUAACGUGAUGGCGCACGCACACAUGCAUGAGUGUGCGCGUGUAGACACGUGCCCAUUUGCACGCACGGACACACACAGGGUUGCAAGUCGGCUGGCAUGUGUGCAUGUACACAGUACGCAUAAGUAGCACCUACAGGCAGUUUGCAGGACACCGUAACCUCUCUGUGGCCACUCGGAUCGCGAUUCGCAGCCCAUCGUUGAGUGCGUCACCCCAUGCACCGCGCGUGUGCGCAGACAGCGACGUGUGCGUCUGCAUCCCAGAGGUAGGCCUCACAUCUGCACGCAUCACGGCAGUGUGGCGACCGUGCGUCUAACGCCCUCUCGUAUUUACGUGUCGGUAAUUUUCGUCGCAGCAAAUCUGCAAGUUUGUACUCUUCUGGAAUUCGUUGACAUUUUAAUCGCAAGGCUGAGAAGCAAAAGUUGGGAUGAACUGAAACGCGGUUCUGUGAAUUUAACCGCACCCUUAGCCCCCUGUUGUAGGUAGUGUGCAGAAUGAGAGUGCAUUGCUGAUGUUCCAAAUGGGCGCCACGGUGGCUUGGAGAUGUUAACUACCUCGCCUGGUAUACAGGAGGUCGUGGGUUUGAUCUCGACUCUGAUGCCUGUAUAUUUGGCGUUUGCAUGUUUCUCUCCCCAUGGUCGCCUGGAUAUUUCUCUGGGCCCCUCCGGUUCUUCCCUUCCACGUUUAUAAACAUACGUUUAGAGUUGUUGGCUGCUGUAAAUUUGCACACGAUAAGCCACUUAGUUGAGCUGUCAUGUGUGGCCAGGUCGCUUCUAAAAAAAAGAGUUGUAUAGCUCAGUGGGCCUUACCUGAUUUUAGAACCCUAAGCAAACUCAUAAAAGCCACGAGCGCAUGCUUUAUUUAGGUCGGCCACACGGUGAGGCGGCUGUGAGUUGAGUGAAUUUGCGAUUCGACGUUAAAAUCGCUCUCGUGGUUUUUUGGGCGGCCGAUAUGGUUGCCCGUGAAAACGUUCACGUCGACCGACAUGGACGCACAUUGAAGCGACAAAAUGGCAUUACGUAUAUUUCACCAGGGUCUGCAUUGGCAUCGGUGUACAAGCACAAACUCCCGAAAACUCGCCAAAUUUUGCCGUUGACACUUUCUUAGAAAACGUUAAAGAGUGGUCAUUGUGCACGGCUAUGGCGUUGCUCUAUGCUUUGUCUGUUUCAAGGCGGUGAUAACGAUUGGGUUUCGUGUUUUAUGAUUGUCCAGCGCAUUUUAUUUGCCGCUCAUCUCCAUUGGUAGUUCUGGGUCAGCGGUUUGUAAAUUCCACUUUCCCAUGGCGGAAGCGGUUUCUCCAGCACAACUGCCCAUUGAUGUCUCACAAAGCGAAAACUUAUUUUAUUCCACCACGGAGGAUAUGGCAAUCGUGGGGCUGAAUCUACCUACCCUCAACAUGGGAUUUUAAUUUACAACACAUGCACCUGCAUGCACACGACUAACGUUUUAAAUAUUUUAGAAAACAAGACGUGACAAUCAUUCCCCGAUUGCUAGCGAAUAAAAAAAACGGUGGGCUGACGUUGACCGUGCACGAUAACAACACGCGACAUUGCCCCCGUGAGUGGCCAGCCCCGGAGUUACACCAUCGGAGCUGUUUCAGCAGCAGCAGCAGCAGCUGUUGUUAUUGAUUGAAAGAAGAGAGCUGCUUGAGUUGAAUGAUCAGGACGGGACAAAAAAUGAGUCAUCUUUGUAAUUGUUUUGUCGUAAGCACUUUGAUGACGAAGGUUUCGAAGGAGUCGAGCAAAAACAUCUUUACCGUUGCGGUGCAUUCUGGAGUCGGUGAGAUGCUACGAAUGGUCCUGCCAUAUGUACACGAGAUGCAGGUUGAUGGAGCGACGGUGAGGUUGUGGUGAAGUGAGUAGCAUUGGCCGUAGCGUACAAAUGUGAAAUGAAACUCGAUCACGGAUCAUUCACGUGGGGCAGAAGCAGUGUCCAUUCCAUGUGGCAGAGGCCUUGUAUUUGAAAGAUAUCUGAGCCAAGUUAUUUUGGGGAUGAGGCUUAGAGUCGUGUCUCUGGAUAUCCGGGCUUGCCUCUGGAACUAAAUCAAUGCAAGAAACCAAUUUUCAUGUUCAUCUGGGUACCAGUUCUUCAGCUGAGAUGAAAUUUCCAGUGAGCCCUCGAGUCAUUCGAAGCAUGGCUAAGAACCAUUCGGCUGGGAAGGACGAGGAAGAGUUUAUAGGGUGAGUGUUUGGAGGGUGACUUUUGAAAAGUUAACAAUCCCUGAUUACAUAUUAUUCCAGCGUAUAUAAGUAAUAUAACAAUCCCACAUUUUUGCUCUAAAUGAAACAACAUUUUAUUGCCUAUAUAAUAAAAAAAAUUCAAGUUCUUCAAGUUAAAACCUUGUGCUAAGUUAAUUUAACAUUCUAGAUUUGAAGAUUUCGUGACUGCAAGGAUCCAUACUCUUUGGUUCUAUUCGGUAAAGUCAUGUAGGUAAAAAUAAAAUAACAAAAAAAUAAAAAAAAAUCACGACGUUUCGGCCACAACACAAGUGGCCUUCAUCAGGUGAAGGGACUGGACUGUCCAAGCUGUGCGCCGCUAUUUGUGUGUUCUCUGCUGCUUUCCUCGCAUUAACCCAAGUUGCCGACACGGUCGUUUCCCAACUUUCAUUGAGUUGGAAUCACCUUUGGAUUUUUUUUCUAAAUGGAAGUAAAUCACAAAUGCUAAAUAACAGUAUUCUGGUUACAUCUGAGAGUGACAUUAAUGACCAGGGCAUUGCUCAUAACCUUUAUUAAUGUGACCGCUGGUCGUCCACACAGGAGGGAGCAGCACGUGUUCCACUCGGCCUGGCACAUGAGAGCAAUGUUCACUGCCCGACGGUGAAACGAAUUAUUUUCUGAGCUGAUAAUUUAGCCAGAUCAAGUGCCGUACCAAAUUUGUGCCGUCAUUUGUUCCGUCAAUUAUUGACCAGGCUGAGACCGUUGACUCCUCUAUACCUGAUUAUCCGCUUUCAUCGCGGGCGACUUCUAAGCAACCAUGUUUCAUAAAUUACAACUCGAUAGCCAUCGAUUCUGCCAACCGUUGUGCCGAAUCCCGCGGCGCGUGUUCUCAUGUUGUGGCAGAUUUGGGUAAAAAAAAAAAAAUCGCCAGAUAUGAAUUGUCGCCAUGGAGCAAUCGUCAUCGCCGAACUUACCACGUACAGCGCCGCGAUGCGCCAGCGGGUUGAGAAAGACGUUCGCUUGCUCGGCACGACGUCCGACGUUUCCCCUCUGCACGCCGACAGCUUCUUCAGGAAGUGAAUUGUACAAGAAAACGCGUCGGAGAACGGUACCGCGAAAACCUGCGCAGCGGUAGAACCCACUCGACAGUGACCACUUGUGGUCGUCUCCUCCGACGUGACGUAGUCUGCGCCGAUGCAGUAGAAGCCAAAGCGCGUCGUCCCUCGUUCGCUCUCAUCUUCUCUUUAGCCAGCUCAGCCAGGUGCCCGAGAUUUGCAGCCAAGUGUGGUUUUGGUUUUAUUAAGGCAACGUUUACAUUGUUUUUGCCGCCUCUUUUUCGGUUUUGUUUUUGUUUUAAUUAAAAGUUUAGUGCAAAUGCAACCGGUUUUAAGAAGUUGUGAAUAUUUAAGAGGUCAGAGUCACGGAGUUAAUUUUUUUCAUAUGGUGGUCACGGACACGCUCCGGCUCGGAUAAAAUUGUGGAGCUUGGUGUUGACCACCCAGAUGAAAGCCAAAUUUAACCCAAUUACUAAAAUCUGGUCUUACCAGGUUAGAACUUGGGCCUGCACGUGUUCCUUUUACAAGUUCAACCUGGUCACGAUGGCCAUACAAGCGGUGAUGCUUAAUAGUUUGAAACACCCAAGUACAGCUGCUUGGAUGAGUGAAUGCUCCAGAUGUGGAAACCUUAGCUGAUAAAUUCACCGCUGUGAGUUAAAGGUAACUGCGAAUUUGUGUAAAAAAAACUCUCGCACGAGCAAGGUCAUGGGCCCCCGUGUACGCGAGAUGAUGCAAAACGGCUCGAGCGAAAUCGUUCACAGCAACAUUUUUUGGGACGAUGCAAUUCGUGGUGGUGCGGCGGUCGGGUUAGAGCGUGCGACGGUGGACCAGUGGUUCUCAACGCUCCAGUUCGACAAUGCAGUGGCGGAGGGGUUGAGUGAAGCCAGGGAUUUGUUUUGUGAAAUCGGUGGGGCCGUGCUGGUUGAUGUCCUCUCGCGAGUAAAGGGCUGGUGGUGGCGCGAGUUUAACAGUUUCUGUUGUCGAAGUUUAAACUCGUUGGUGUUGAAUGUUCAUUUGCUUUUCCGUCCAUGGAAGCCUGCAAUUGUGUAUAUUUAUUUACAGCAUUUAUUUACCUUCCCUCGUGUACAUAAUGUGUAUACGUUAAUUUAUUACGUCGAUUUUUAUAUAUAUGCACGUCGGUAAGUGGACCAGUGCCCGCUGCUCGCUAAGCACGCGUCCGUCAACCACUCGGGCCAAAGAGGGCAACGCCGUUCCACCACUCCGCUUCGCUUUCAUGAACGAGCGCCCGUUAACUCGGCCGGUGCCGUGUUAAGAGCGCUCGGUUCGCAUUCCGGAGGGUCAAAAGUUCAAAUUCCGUUCUGGAGUCGACUCGGGCAGAGGUCAGCAACCAAAAUAACAAGGAUAGCCAUUUUUUUCAAAUUCGGUAAAAAAAAUAUAUAUAUAUAUUUGAAGAGCUGCGGUGCACGUGAAUUACGAGGUGGUGGCCCUUAAUAAAUAACGUCAUGAAGUAGUGCUUAAAGAGCCGCAUGCAGCUCCAGAGCCGCGGGUUGCCAAGCCCUGCUCUCGGGUGUCGGAAAUUGAGUACUGAUUUGAGUGAAGUCAGCAUUGGUCUUGCUUUGGAUAAACUGGUCCUCAUCAUGGGAAUGUGAAAUUUUCACCACUGCUUAGGGUUGACAAAGGAGACGAGCUCUUAUUUCAGCAGAGAGCCUCUGAAUCUCUAGAACAGGAAUACGCCCAUUGAGACCCAUCAUUAUAUUUUGGACCCUUAGUUAACCGAACGUUAGGCAACCCAGAAUCAGUGGAGGAAAUUCUGCAUUCCCAUGGCAGCAACAGUCCUCUGUGGGAAGUCAACAAGUCGUUGUCCUUUGCAAAGUGGUGUGACUUUAUCAACCCCGGUGGGAUGAUGGGCCGAGUCAUUCCCCAAUUGAGAUUUUUAACUCGCGACCCGAGGCAUCGCGACCUGAGUGUCCGUGUGCUGUGGUCACCACGAAUAAUCGACUCUCAACGCGCGGAUAAUCCGUGCGCACGCGCGCGCGAGUGUCGUGAGCGUAGCCAACCGGGUUUGGUCGACGUCACGUUACGUGCAGUCGCACUGCGCCCUCCGCGAUGCGAAGGGCGGAAUGACACGAUCCUUCGUCGCUCGAGAGAGAGAAGAGAUACAGCGUUGCCCCCUGGUUUGUUUAGCGUGCGGUGAGGAGAGGAGGGGAGGGGGGGUAGUUGUUUGCUGCUGCAAUUCGCGACUGUGCCCCGAUUCAGCCGCCGCUCUGAGCCAUUCUAAUGUCCGUUGCCUUACCUUCCAACGUGGCCACACACACACAGGCAAGCCACAUGCGCACGUGCACACAGACACACACGCCCGCGUACUUCCGCGCAUACACGAAAGACAAAGAUCCCCCCGUAUAGACUUUAACAGACUGCUGGGGAAAGUGCUGUUAGUGAGCACCUACGAAGGUGGCACGGCACGUGAAGGGGAAGAUGGGCAGCACCACGCCCGGUCGCCUUUGUCUUCCCAGUGGCGAUGUUUACACACCGCACCAGGUACUUGUUUAAGGCUGAGUCGACCUCGGAGAGGCCCAGGACCGGUUCGGAUAAUCGUCGCUGACGUUGGCCAUUAGCAGAAGCGCGCCACGAACACACGAGACACACGCGCACACAAGACACACGCACAUGCAUUUCUCACUUGUAUCGUGUAAUUCCAUACGUGGUGGUUUAAUUGGAACAAAAUAUGAUUGCUUGAUUACUCGUCUGAUUACUUAAUUUUGUACUGGAGAAAUCCAUGUUUGAAAACGCACAGGCCAACAAAAAUUUAUAACUUAAAUGGACUGGCUUUGCCUAGCCCGCAACGCCACUCCUGUAUAUAACUGCAUUAAAGUACACGUCUUGACAACGCUGAGCUCGCUGGGCAAUGGAAACCCUAUUCUCUCAACACACAUGGCUCGACUCAACAGGCUCGGUGAAGUGGGCUGGCGUGUCUGGCUUGCGAUGCUAUGAAACGGAUUUAAACUACAAGCCUAUGACACUUUACCUGGCCGACCCACACACUUUAUAUUAACGCUGUUGUUGCGGCCUUCUUUAAAAUAUGGGCCGCUUGCAGAGAAUCCUCAUGGCUUGCCGAACUCGUAAUGUUACCACAGACUGUUUUAAGGUUCAGCUGUAAAUGCAAUACAUGAUAUACCUGUGUACGCUAAAGGGACUGCCUUGCCUAUGAAACACUCCAUUACACCAACAACUGCUUUAAAUUAUGCCUGUACUGUAUAUACACAAGUCGUGUUGGGUGGCUUGCCUCGCUUGUAAUGUAUGUCGCUUUGAAGUGCUUUAUGACUGUGACCUUUACGACCUUUUUGAGACGUUUGGACGAGAUAGGUUUCGUUUUGCCAGCAAGGAUUCAACGUUUGGCAAACCUGCUCGCUGAAAGACUGACCUGUGCCCUGGCUCGUAUCUCUCUCUCUCUCCCGCUUGAUACCCGUGUAUAGACGCGUUUAAGAAGAUUAUAAACAAAAACUAAAAAGCUGCGAACACACCUCCUAGGCAACGUACCGUUGUUGUUAACAUGAGUAUUAUAACAGUUGGGAGUGAAUUAUUUUAAUUGUAAAAGAGUGGCCCUUUGUCUAACCUCCCCCCGCCGCUUCCAUCAAUGAAGUAUCUUGGCCAUGUGUAAAGGCGCAGAGUUCCUCGAUUGAGUUUUUAUUUUUGUACGCUGUGCGUGCGUUCGUGGGACCGAUAACUUAAUUUAUUUUAUUCUGGCGCUUAUUGUAAACACUUGAAGCACUGCAAAAAGGGCAUCGGUCGGAACCAAUCCCAUUGCGUUCUGCCGCUGGAGCGACCAACAUUCCCUUUCGAGGAGAUCCGUGUAGCAAGCUCGCCAACCUUGGCCGCGUCUCAACCCGGCAGGUACUGCUUGCAAGCUCCAUGGGGAGCGAAAUGGCGUUCGAGUUCAGCGUUCUUCAUUGCAAAGCUCCUGGUGGGCUUUAGUGCUGUCAAAUCCCCAGUGGUUUUAAAUGUGGCGGCAGGGGCGGAGCCAGGAUUUUCAGCCCCGGGGUGACAUUCAACAAAUUUUAAUUUCAAGAAUGAUUAGAGAGUCAGGCUGUUGAACUAGACGCCAUCGGUUGGCGACACACUCUGACAAUGCAGUUGCACGGAGUUCGCCAGACCGAGUGUCGUACACUUACACGCAGAAUGUCACCCCCCCUGGCUCCACCCCUGGGUGGCGGCCCUCACACUGAUGAUGCCUUAUUGGCAAAAAGUACCGCCCCCCUCUGAAAAUGUGAACACUGCUUUAACAGAUCUCUCUUGGUGAAUGCUGGUCACUGCAAAUACAUCUCUGUGAAGGAGAAUUACCAUCGCUGCAACAGGCAUCUGUUGAAAGUGAUGAGCCAAGCACUUGUGUAAAUACUUGUGGGGUUUUUGGACCCCCCCCAUGUCAAUGCAUGUGCCUCCCCCCCCCUGUCCGUCAGUGGCACAUCAAGACUCGAGGUUUGUGUUUAAAGCAGAGAGAUCUCAUCACAGAUCACGACUGUUCACGUCUCAAACUCUGCCUUGUGCAUCCCCAACCGCACUACAGCUGGUUGUCUUCGCAGGUUGGCGACGUAUUUCGUCAAACAGCCGUAUGUUACUUUUUAAGUUAACGCUGUGUACAAUUUUAAGUGUUAAUUUAAGUUUGUUCAUUUUUAUUUUUUUAAAGUUCAAUAAAGUCAGAGCAUGGAAGGAAA